AUGCAAGCCCCCCGUCUGCCCUGGUUCUUCCUGCACGCCUGGUGGGCCCUGCUCCAGGCGGGCGCCGAGACCGUGGCCCCGUCGCCCCUCCGUACGCGGGGGCAGCCCUCGUCGCCGUCCCCUCUAGCGUACAUGCUGAGCCUCUACCGCGACCCGCUGCCCCGGGCGGACAUCAUCCGCAGCCUGCAGGCGCAAGAUGUGCACGCCGAUGGGCAGAACUGGACCUUUGCUUUUGAUUUCUCCUUCCUGAGCCAAGCGGAGGAUCUGGUGUGGGCCGAGCUCCGGCUGCAGCUGGCCAGCCCUCUGGACCUUCCCCCUGGUGUGCUGCCCUCCGUCGAGAUUUUGCACCAGUUAAAGCCGGAUGCGGAGCAGGACCCAGCCGACUGCCGGGAGCGUCUUCGGAUGGACUCGUUCACUGUUCCUCUGUCCCAGAUGACCUUUUCCUCAGGCAGCAUGGUCCUGGAGGUGACCAGGCCUCUCUCCAAGUGGCUGAAGCACCCUGGGGAGCUGGCGGAGCAGGCGUCCAGUUUGGCCAGAGAGUGUCCGCAGCGGCCUCCCGUGCCGCCGGUCGCCAGUGCGCUCCUCGUGCUCUACUCCAACCUCUCCCCGGAGCAGAGGCGGCUGGGUGGCUCCACCUUGCUGUGGGAGGCGGAGAGCUCCUGGCGGGCCCGAGAGGGACAGCUCUCCCAGGAGAGGGGCCGGAGGCACCGCCGGCACCACUUGCCGGACAGAAGCCAGCUGUGUCGGAAGGUCAAGUUCCAGGUGGACUUCAACCUCAUCGGAUGGGGCUCCUGGAUCAUCUACCCCAAGCAGUACAACGCCUACCGUUGUGAGGGCGAGUGUCCUAACCCUGUGGGGGAAGAGUUCCAUCCCACCAACCACGCAUACAUCCAGAGCCUGCUGAAACGAUACCAGCCCCACCGAGUCCCUUCUACCUGCUGUGCCCCAGUGAAGACCAAGCCGUUGAGCAUGCUGUACGUGGACAAUGGCAGAGUCCUUCUAGACCAUCACAAAGACAUGAUUGUGGAAGAAUGUGGGUGCCUCUGAGGAGAUCCUGGUGGGAGCUGGAUUUACCUGUACCCUGGGAAGGUUCUAGAAGGUUCGGGAAAGUCCUAGAAGACACGAUAGCCAUCUAACCCAAUGAGGAGAGUGGGGGGAAGUUUGCUCUGCCUGCCAGAUGUGAGGAGGAAGGCGCCCACUCUGUAAAGGAAGGUUCCUGCCGUCAGGAGAGAGGGCAAGCCUCUGGAAGCAGGCUUGUUGGGUUUUCUCUUUACUGAAGAGACAGUGGUGAAUAAAAGCACUAGCGAAAAGGGUUCUUUGACUUUUUAACCUGUGAACCCCCAGAAAUUAUAUGCAAAUGUUGGGGCAUACGUGCAUUCAUUUUUGAGGUGGGACAGAUUAUCUAUAACUUUUAUGUAUUCUCAAAAGUGGUCUUUGACCACCCCUGCCACGAUUGAGUUCACUGUGUUAAAUUAAAAACAGUUGGCUCAAGGGGCGCCUGGGUGGCUCAAGUCGGUUUGGCUAAGCGCCCUACUCUUGAUCUCAGCUCAGGUCUUAAUCUCAGGGUUGUGAGUUCAAGCCCCGCUUUGGGCUCCACGCUGGGCGUGAAGCCUACUUCAAAAAUAAAAAAAUAAAUUAAUUAAAAGACAAUAAUAAAGAGUUGGCUCUUAUUGCCUCCGGCUGGUUGAGGGGAGCCCCCGCAUCUUUCAGGCUGGCCAGUGGCAAUCUGUCGGCCUUGUCCAGAGGCUCCCUGGAGUGGGUCUCUGCUAAUGAGUUGCACAAACAAUAAAGCCAUUGUGAAAUCCUCCUAGGCCAGCUGGUGCCUUUGAAGGGAGAGGCAGGAACUCUGAACUGGCCACACUGGACUAUAGUGGUGGAGCCCUCAGUCAUCCCCGUCAGCCUGCUCGGGCAGACACAAUCCGAGUCUAUUAAAGUUGGUGACAAUUCACUUUGGCCUCUCAUUGUGUGCUGUUAAUGAGGCCCUGGAGCUUCCCAUCCGGCAGGGGUGAAGUAGCCGAAAGACUCGGGUGAACUUGGCUUAUGGUCACACA